GGAACGCAGAGCCGCUGAGCGGGUCGACGGCCAUUUUGUGAAGCGGCGAAGGAGGUGGUGGCUGCGUUGGGCUCCGGGAAGCCGUUCGGGCUGGGGCUGUCGGCCGCGGGGCAGAGGCACUCGCGCGGGGGGUAAUUCGGGGUCUGGGUUCUGGUGCCGCGCAGCUUUCCCCGGAUUGACUUGGCCUCUACUUCUUGUUAAGAAAAUACAUCUCUUGUUUUAUCAGGUGUGUGUGGUUUCAGCGCAGCAUGGCUGUGGUCAUCCGUUUGCAAGGUCUCCCAAUUGUGGCGGGGACCAUGGACAUUCGCCACUUCUUCUCUGGAUUGACCAUUCCUGAUGGGGGCGUGCAUAUUGUAGGGGGUGAACUGGGUGAGGCUUUCAUCGUUUUUGCCACUGAUGAAGAUGCAAGGCUUGGUAUGAUGCGCACAGGUGGUACAAUUAAAGGGUCAAAAGUAACACUAUUGUUGAGUAGUAAAACGGAAAUGCAGAAUAUGAUUGAACUGAGUCGUAGGCGUUUUGAAACUGCCAACUUAGAUAUACCACCAGCAAAUGCCAGUAGAUCAGGACCACCACCUAGCUCAGGAAUGAGUGGCAGGGUAAACUUGCCCACAACAGUAUCCAACUUUAAUAAUCCUUCACCCAGUGUAGUUACUGCCACCACUUCUGUUCAUGAAAGCAACAAAAACAUACAGACAUUUUCCACAGCCAGCAUAGGAACAGCUCCUCCAAAUAUGGGGGCUUCCUUUGGGAGCCCAACGUUUAGCUCAACCGUUCCAAGCACAGCCUCUCCAAUGAACACAGUCCCGCCGCCACCAAUUCCUCCAAUUCCAGCGAUGCCAUCUCUGCCACCAAUGCCAUCCAUUCCCCCAAUUCCAGUUCCUCCUCCAGUACCUACAUUGCCUCCUGUGCCUCCUGUGCCCCCGAUUCCCCCAGUUCCUUCUGUGCCACCCAUGACCCCACUGCCACCCAUGUCGGGCAUGCCGCCCUUGAAUCCGCCACCUGUGGCACCUCUACCUGCUGGAAUGAAUGGCUCUGGAGCACCUAUGAAUUUGAACAAUAACCUGAAUCCUAUGUUUCUUGGUCCAUUGAAUCCUGUUAACCCUAUCCAGAUGAACUCUCAGAGCAGUGUGAAGCCACUCCCCAUCAACCCUGAUGAUCUAUAUGUCAGUGUGCAUGGAAUGCCCUUUUCUGCAAUGGAAAAUGAUGUCAGAGAUUUUUUCCAUGGGCUCCGUGUUGAUGCAGUACAUUUGUUGAAAGAUCAUGUAGGUCGAAAUAAUGGGAAUGGAUUGGUUAAGUUUCUCUCCCCUCAAGAUACAUUUGAAGCUUUGAAACGAAACAGAAUGCUGAUGAUUCAACGCUAUGUGGAAGUAAGCCCUGCCACAGAAAGACAAUGGGUAGCUGCUGGAGGCCAUAUCACUUUUAAGCAAAAUAUGGGACCUUCUGGACAAAGUCAUCCCCCUCCUCAGACACUUCCCAGGUCAAAAUCGCCCAGUGGGCAGAAAAGAUCAAGGUCAAGAUCACCACAUGAGGCUGGUUUUUGUGUUUACUUGAAAGGGCUACCAUUUGAAGCAGAAAACAAACAUGUCAUUGAUUUUUUUAAAAAGCUGGAUAUUGUGGAAGAUAGUAUUUAUAUAGCUUAUGGACCCAAUGGGAAAGCAACUGGUGAAGGCUUUGUAGAGUUCAGAAAUGAGGCCGACUAUAAGGCUGCUCUGUGUCGUCAUAAACAGUACAUGGGCAAUCGCUUUAUUCAAGUUCAUCCAAUUACUAAGAAAGGUAUGCUAGAAAAGAUAGAUAUGAUUCGAAAAAGACUGCAGAACUUCAGCUAUGACCAGAGGGAAAUGAUACUAAAUCCAGAGGGGGAUGUCAACUCUGCCAAAGUCUGUGCCCACAUAACAAAUAUUCCAUUCAGCAUUACGAAGAUGGAUGUUCUUCAGUUCCUAGAAGGAAUCCCAGUGGAUGAAAAUGCUGUACAUGUUCUUGUUGAUAACAAUGGGCAAGGUCUAGGACAGGCAUUGGUUCAGUUUAAAAAUGAAGAUGACGCACGUAAGUCUGAACGCUUACACCGUAAAAAACUUAAUGGGAGAGAAGCUUUUGUUCAUGUAGUUACCCUAGAAGAUAUGAGAGAGAUUGAGAAAAAUCCCCCUGCCCAAGGAAAAAAAGGAUUAAAGAUGCCUGUGCCAGGUAAUCCUGCAGUUCCAGGAAUGCCCAAUGCGGGACUGCCAGGUGUGGGACUGCCCAGUGCAGGACUUCCCAGUGCGGGCCUGCCCAGCACAGGACUGCCUGGUUCAGCAAUAACCAGUGCAGGACUGCCUGGUGCGGGAAUGCCCAGUGCAGGAAUACCUAGUGCAGGAGGUGAAGAGCAUGCCUUCCUGACCGUAGGAUCAAAGGAAGCCAACAAUGGGCCUCCAUUUAACUUUCCUGGUAAUUUUGGUGGACCAAAUGCCUUUGGGCCACCAAUCCCUCCUCCAGGAUUAGGAGGAGGGGCCUUUGGUGAUGCUAGGCCUGGUAUGCCUUCAGUUGGAAACAGUGGUUUGCCUGGUCUAGGACUGGAUGUUCCGGGUUUUGGAGGUGGACCAAACAAUUUAAGUGGGCCAUCGGGGUUUGGAGGGGGCCCUCAGAAUUUUGGAAAUGGCCCUGGUAGCUUAGGCGGUCCUCCUGGUUUUGGAAGUGGCCCUCCUGGUCUUGGAAGUGCCCCUGGGCAUUUGGGUGGGCCACCAGCUUUUGGGCCUGGCCCUGGCCCUGGCCCUGGCCCUGGCCCAAUCCAUAUUGGUGGUCCCCCUGGCUUUGCAUCUAGUUCUGGAAAACCAGGACCAACAGUAAUUAAAGUGCAGAACAUGCCCUUUACUGUGUCUAUUGAUGAGAUUUUAGAUUUCUUUUAUGGCUAUCAAGUAAUCCCAGGCUCAGUGUGUUUAAAAUACAAUGAAAAAGGUAUGCCCACAGGUGAAGCCAUGGUGGCCUUUGAGUCUCGGGAUGAAGCCACAGCUGCUGUCAUUGACUUAAAUGACAGGCCUAUAGGUUCAAGAAAAGUAAAACUUGUAUUAGGGUAGCCAUUCACAUCAUUCUUUAUAGGGUAGAUCUUCAUAUUGCUGUGAUUAAUGCAUCCAGAUUGUUUUCCUAGUAUUUCCAGGUUAGAACCUGUGGAUUGUUUCAAUUGCAUAUAGCUUGGUUUCCAUAACAUAGAGCAUUGGUUGACUGUUUACAGAAGACUCACCAGGAUAAACAUUGCUGUAUGUUACAGUAAAGCUAUCUGGAGAGAACACAUAAAUGAUUUUGGCAUACCAUUAGAGAAACCAUUUGUAAAACUCAAAUGACCACAUAAAGCUUAUCAAGGAGUCUAGAUUGGUUUUGUUUUAUACCAUAUGGGAUGAAGAAAAUAGAAAUGUCAGUAAAACUCAUUGAGGGUGUUCUUGCCAGCUGCUGAAAAUAGGAGUUGGCUACUCUCAGAAUUUGGUUUAAAGCUGGACAGAUUUGCUUUGUUAUAGGGUAAAGCUUUGUCUAAAGUCCUCAUUUUCUUUUAAAAUUGAAUAAAAUUUCUGUAUACAGAUUCAUUGUAUGUACCUUUAUUGCUUCUUAAGGGUCCUUGCUGUAUAGACAGUCCUGCUUCAGAAGUUGCUGCUUUGUUUGUCUAAUUGACUCAUUUGUAAAUGAGCAGAACUGUUUUGUUGGUUUUUUCCCCUAAAUAUAAAAGUCCACACUUGGUUUGUGCUAUAACCUCGAACUUUGAUUUCUAAUGUCACAUUUAAAACUGUGUGGAAUAAGACUUGCCACAAAAAUAAACUAUGGAGUCCUUUACCUACCAGAGCCUUUUUGGUUUGACCGCCACGAUUUAGGUUAGUCAGUUUAAAAAUUGUUCAUGUUGUUUGGAUGGUAUCAAAAACCAGAAACCACUUUUAAUAAUGUGUUUAAGAUACUUGAUUUGAAGUCCUGUUUAUGAUGGACUAGUUGUAGUAUCAGUGUCCUCCUGUCCCAAUUUAUGUGAAAUUUUGGCCUUUAAACGAAGAGGGGCCCAUUCAUAAGAAAGUGUUAUAUCUAGGCUUCUAAAACUGAAGUUGAAAUUAUCUUUGAUAGCAGUAGUAGUAUAGAAUAAAAGAUCCAUAUGCUGGUUCAUAGAUUGAUAUGUGUUAGUCCUGUUAUUUGGAGGCUUUUUGGCAUAGUUGUUCGAUCAGGAGCCUGUUUACUAAAAGUCUUCAUACAGAGUACAAGUGCAGCCGCCAGAGGGGAGAAAAUUGAGAUUCUUGACCCUUUCAUAAUCUUUUCUUUGGUAUUCAGGACACUAAGGCAGGAGGACCACAUGAGUUCUGGUUGGUAAGUGUCCUUGUCAUGAAAACGCUUGCCUUACAAGGCUCUAAUUAUGAUUACUUUCCCUAGUCAAUGCUCUGAAGAUGUGUCACAUUACAUUAUAAAACAAUACGGAAGGGGAGAUAGGUGAGAUGAUAAGAAAAACAAAUUUUCUCACUGUCAUAAAAGGCUCUAAUUAUGGUUACUUGUCAUGAGAACACUUGCCUUACAAGGCUCUAAUUAUGGUUACUUUCCCUAGUCAGUGCUCUGAAAACGUAUCACAUUAUAUUAUAAACAAUACAGAAGGGGAGGUAGAUGAGAGAUCAUGAAAAACAAAUUUUAUCUUUUACAUGGCCCUUUGUCUUCGGUUGAAACAUCCCCAACAUUUCCUACAAAUCAGUGUACUUAAAAAGGGGUCAGUCUUUUAAAGUAAGUAUUUCCUAUUCAAAUAUAUACAGUGCCUUUUUGGUGUUGUGAGUCAGUGGAACACUGAAAUAUAGCGGUUGUGUAAUUUAGAUUUAAGAGUGGCAACAGUUUCAUUUGAUAAGAUUUGAAAAGGCUUUUUAUCACUACAAUCUUAGAGGAUUGACAGUACAGGAUUUUUGUUUAAGGGAAGGAUUGUUUAGACUCAAAGAAGAGGUGACUGUGUUGUGGGUCUUUUGACAAUUCAUGAAUACAAAUUUGCUUUGACAGAUCACUAGAUACUGCCUCCUCAAUUUAAAAAGCAAUAUAACGUUUGUAUAUGCUGUUUAAGUUAAUGCUAAGUAAUCAUUUCUCAUUCCAAAGACAAUGCAGAAAACUUCGGCACUGCUUGAGAGUUGUAUUUCAACCAGAGAUAUUUUCCCCACUGGAAAACUAUUUUCAUUUUAGAAAAAUGGGUUGUUUGAAGAUGAAAGUCUUUUAUUUCACAGUUUAUUUUGGUUAUAUGUUCGUACAUUCUUAUUAAAUAUUUCAUACACUUUUAUUGCAACUACUUUGUUAUUUCUACAUCUUAGAUAAAUGCUGAAAAGGAAAACUUGAUUCCAUUGUUCAUCUAAUUAAAUAAAUUAAGAAAAGAGCGGUUUGUGUAGAAAUUGGAGAGAACUGUGUUUUAUAUGAAUCACAACAGUGCUCGUUGUGGAAUGUAAUUAAAUGCUUUGCCCUCUGGAACUUGAUUUUUGUGUAUCUGAGACUUAUUAACAGUGCUAACUGCUAAGGAUACUGUUUAUCUUGUUCUGGGCAUUGGAGUUUCAGUUUUUAAAAAAUUCUUGAAAAUGUAUUCUGUGAAACUACUCAUACCUCUCUUCCUGCGAAUUUUCUCCUAAGAACUAGGGUUGGGGUAGAAAUGAAUUGACGUUAUUUUCUCAUUUGCUUUGUAUGGUAUGAAGGAUUUGUAAAGCUUUGCUCAAAGUUGUGUGCAUUUGUAAACACUAUCUUGAUACUUUCAAUUUUAUGUGUAAAUUUUAUUGUCUGCUUUUGGUGAUUCUGACAUUAAUGGAAGAGAAUAUUUUCCAUUAGAUUUAAUUUUUUUUCUCUCUCCCUUCUGAUUUUUUUUUAUUGGUGUUCAUUUUUCUUUUGAUUUAAAGGAUUAGAGAAAUCUACAAAUGUAUGUCAUAAAUAAGCAAAUUUGUAAACUUUUCUGAACUUUAGUGAAACAUUUAGUUUACAAGCAUAAUUUGGAGGUGUGUUUUGUGUUUACACUGUAGUUUGGAUGUACAGUUAUUAUUAGUGGCUUUUUAAAAAAUGAAACAGUGUUAAGUGAAAUGUAGUUCCUAGCUUUGUACUCCAAGUUGUCACAGCAUCAACAAUGAAAAUUCGAUUAGGAAACUUUAUUUAAAAUUUCAGAUAGUAAUAUUCUAUGUAGUUAAGGCCAGUCUUAACCCACUGGAUGAAAAUCUAGGACUGUAUGGAAGUAAGCAAACAUACACAUUUUUAGGUGGAAAUAGUCAACCUUGCGUAAAAAUAAGGAUGCAUGAAAGCCUUAAACUCCAGCUCCCUUUUACUGGAGUCUGUGGUUGUGUACAGGUAUGGGCCAAGUGUGUAAAAAUAAAAUCUCAUCAAUUUUAAGAACACUCGGGAAAUGAGUAAAGAAAAUGUAAGAUUGCUGCUAGUCAAAUCUCUUGGAAAGAAUUUCUGGAAGUGGUCACUUUAAAAAUUAUUUUCCAUCCUUGCAAAAUUGCCACAUUUAAAUUGUUUUACUGGCAGUUCUAUAGUAGUCCAGACUUGAGAAACCAAACACAAUAAAAUGGCUUGUUGCCAAUAUGGCCACAACAUUGCCAGCAAGUACUGCCUUGGCAUCAUUCAGCAGAGGUUUUUGUUUAUAAAGAUGAAGUCUUGAAUACUGUUCAAUAAACUUGUCAAAAAAUAAAA